AUGCCAAAUGAACAAGAAGAAAAUAUGGCAUUCGUUCAACUUAUAGAAAGUCACCCAUGUCUUUAUGAUGUAACAUCAUCUAAUUACACAAGACAUAAAAGAAAAAGCAUGGAACGACAUUUCAAAAAAAUGAACAAUUCUAUUCAAACAUGUAAAGAACGAUGGAAAAACAUAAGAACAGUAUUUCUACGUCAUUUACGACAAAAAGUAACAAGUGGAUCAUCAGGUGGCCUUAAAAAAAAAUAUUAUUUAGAAGAUGCUAUGAAAUUUAUAAUUCCAUUUGUUAAAAGUGGUAAGAAACAACAAGGAAAUAUAUCGAUAUCAUCGGAAUUGGAAAAGGACACUAACAUGGAAGAUAUUGAAGAGGAAUCAAAUGUUGAAAUAAUAGAAUCUGUUCAAGUACCAGGAUCAUCUGAAUUAUUCAGUAGUCAUCGAGAUAUAGCAGACGAUCACGAUAAAAUAGAACAUAACGCAAAAAAAAUUAAAGUAAAUAAAAAAAUGUCAACCGCACCAGAAUGUGCAGAUCAAAAAUUUUUGUUGAGCUUACUACCGGAUAUACAACAAAUGAACCCCAUACAAAAAAGACAAUUCAAAAGGAAAGUUUUGGAUGUUAUCGGUUGUAUUUUAGAGGAUCAAGGUUCAUUAAAUCCAUCUAGUAAUUUAAGUUCCUCUAGUUAUUCUACAUUAUCGAUAGUACCAGAGGCAAGAACCAGUCAUUCAAGUUCGUCUAGUUAUUCUACAUUAUCGACAGUACCAGAGGCAAGAACUGAUAAUACAGGUAAUCAAUGUCAACAAUUUGAUCCAGCUCAGAGUGGUUUUGAAUUUUUUAAUAUAUAA